CUUGUGUAGUUGUGUGGUAUAUAUUUACUCCCCAGUUCAAACAUGCAUAUAUGAUAUUAGAUUGACAUAAUAGUGUAGAAAAUGGAGUGUUGUUGUUAUAUUUCACCCAAGUCAUCAGCGUCUUCAUCCUCCAUCACUCUCCUCUCUCAGGGUAUUUCAACAUCUGCUGGUAGAAGAUUUUCAAAGAGAGCUUUACGUACCGGGGUGCUGUCUUCUCCACUUUCGAAACCAUUUCUUCAACUUAAUAACAGAUUUCAGCCCUUUGUUUACCAACAAAACUCAUCCUAUCUCCCUUUGAGAACACAUAAGAGGGGCAUUUUUGCCGAAGCUGGAAAGCAAGGUUGGGACUUCGGCAGAUUCAUACAGACAUUGUAUUUUUUUAAUGGGCCUCCAUCUCCAGCCAAGUUUUUUGAAUUUCUGAUUGAGAAACUGUCCGGUCCAUCACCUAGUGAACCAGUAAAGGCAAUGGACACUUCUGGGAUUAUCCUAGUGGCUGGAGCCACUGGUGGUGUUGGAAGAAGAGUAGUGGACAUCUUACGCAGAAAAGGAUUGCCAGUUCGAGUAUUGGUCAGAAAUGAAGAGAAGGCAAGAAGAAUGCUAGGUCCAGACGUCGAUUUGAUUGUUGGAGAUAUUACCAAGGAGAGUACUCUAGUACCUGAAUACUUCAAAGGAGUGAAAAAAGUUAUUAAUGCUGUUUCAGUCAUCGUUGGCCCUAAGGAAGGGGAUACUCCUGACAGGGCCAAAUACAGCCAGGGAAUCAAGUUCUUUGAACCAGAGAUAAAAGGUGAUUCACCUGAAAUGGUGGAGUAUACUGGGAUGAAAAAUCUGAUUAAUGCUGUCAAGGGGAGCACUGGACUUCGAAGUGGAAAACUAGUAUACGGAUAUGAAGGUAAUUUAUCUAGAGAACUCGCUUGGGGUGCUUUAGAUGAUGUUGUGAUGGGAGGAGUUAGUGAAAGUACAUUCCGAAUUGAUCCAACUGGCAGUGAAAAAGGUGGACCAACAGGGGUUUUCCAAGGUGUUGUUUCCACUGCAAACAAUGGCGGCUUUACCAGUGCCAGAACAAAGAAUUUUUCAGUACCUGAAGAUCUUUCUGCAUAUGAUGGUUUGGAGCUGCGCCUCAAAGGCGAUGGCCGUCGUUAUAAGCUUAUUGUGCGUACUAGCCGGGAUUGGGAUACGGUGGGUUAUACAUUGAGCUUUGACACUGUAGAAGGCCAGUGGCAAUCGGUACGCUUGCCAUUUUCUUCUUUGAGGCCAAUAUUUCGAGCACGAACUGUAUCAGAUGCACCGCCCUUUGACCCAAGCAAGAUUUUAUCAUUGCAGCUCAUGUUCAGCAAGUUCGAAUAUGAUGGGAAAUUAAAUCCAACGUUUAUAGAAGGUGCAUUUCAGCUUCCAGUAUCAAGCAUACGAGCAUAUAUAAAGGAUCCCAUCACUCCCAGGUUUGUGCAUGUGGGCUCUGCUGGGGUUACCCGACCUGACAGACCUGGACUUGAUUUAAGCAAACAGCCUCCUGCUGUCCGCUUAAACAAGGAAUUGGACUUUAUUCUCACAUUCAAGUUGAAGGGGGAAGAUUUGAUACGAGAAAGUGGAAUUCCAUAUACAAUUGUUAGGCCUUGUGCAUUAACUGAGGAGCCUGCAGGAGCUGAUCUCAUUUUUGAUCAAGGAGACAAUAUAACGGGAAAGAUAUCGAGGGACGAGGUUGCUCGAAUAUGUAUUGCUGCUCUGGAAAGCCCUUACGCAUGUGACAAGACAUUUGAGGUUAAGAGUGUGGUUCCAUUUAGUGAGCAAUACACAGUAGACCCUGAAAACCCUCCACCUGAGAAAGAUUACAACAUAUACUUCAAAACUUUGAAAGAUGGCAUAACAGGGAAAGAAGUCUUAGAAAAAAGUCCUGUACCUGUCUAAUUUCCAUUCAUGGUUUCAAGCUGUCUGUUGAAAGGAUAGGGUCCCAACACCUUCCACUGUUGAUUGGUGCAGUAAUGCAAAUUGAGGAGCUUGGAAGUUAAAUUUUUUUUUCCUGCUUCACCGUCACCAGAAAAUAUCUGUUAUAAGAGAAAAGGCAGAGGCAUAUUAGAGACUGAGAAAAUCAAGUAAGAGAGAUAUAGCAUGUUCUAGAAUUACAUUCGGACAAUUAUCUGUUAGUAGAUGUCCUUAUGUUUAAUUUGACCAUAGUUACUCACAACCAAAAGGGUGAAUGUUUUUUUAUUUUAAUUAUUAAAAGUUUGUCCUGUACAUAUUCAUGCGUAUACAAGUAUGCAUUCGGUAACUAAAACUAUCAAUUUCUGAUAACUUUUGGUGAAA